CACGUACAUUCAGCAAUUAGAUAUGGCGACAGGAUUCGGCUCAGAGAUUGUCUCCGUUGUAAACAAACUCCAAGAUGUAUUCACCUCCAUCGGCUCUAGCGCCGCGUCGAUAGACCUCCCACAGAUAUGCGUGUUGGGCAGUCAGAGCAGUGGGAAGAGUAGUGUGCUCGAGAACAUUGUUGGUAGAGAUUUCUUGCCCCGAGGAACGGGUAUCGUGACCCGACGGCCCUUGGUACUUCAACUUAUCCACAGACCUGCUACCUCACCAGCCCCCAACGGCGACGCAGUCAAAGUUUCCAAGGAAGCGAACGGGGCUGACCCGAACGCCAACGAGAACGAAUGGGGCGAGUUCCUGCAUCUCCCAGGCGAGAAGUUCUACGACUUCAACAAGGUUCGCGCUGAGAUCGUUCGCGACACCGAGGCCAAGACGGGCCGCAACGCUGGCAUCUCCCCGCUCCCCAUCAAUCUCCGCAUCUACUCUCCCAACGUGCUCACGCUCACGCUUGUCGAUCUCCCGGGGCUCACUAAGGUGCCUGUUGGCGACCAGCCGAAAGAUAUCGAACGACAGAUCCGUGAUAUGUUGUUCAAGUACAUCUCGAAACCUGGAUGUAUCAUACUUGCUGUUACUGCCGCAAACCAGGACUUGGCCAACUCGGAUGGGCUGAAGAUGGCGCGGGAGGUGGACCCUGAGGGGACGCGGACAAUCGGUGUUCUCACGAAGGUCGAUUUGAUGGACGUAGGCACAGACGUGGUGGAUAUCCUCGCUGGUCGCGUCAUCCCGUUGCGGUUGGGCUACGUGCCCGUUGUCAACCGUGGACAGCGCGAUAUUGAGACAUCCAAGUCAAUUGUGUUGGCGCUGGACAACGAGCGCCAGUUCUUCGAAAACCAUGCAUCUUACAAGGGGAAGGCGCAGUUCUGUGGCACGCCGUUCCUCGCGCGCAAGCUCAACAUGAUCUUGAUGCACCAUAUCCGAGCAACGCUCCCCGACAUCAAGCAACGGAUCUCGUUCCAGCUGCAGAAGAAUCAAGCGGAGCUGCAGCAGCUCGGCGGCACCUUCGGCGAGAACAACUCGUCGAGCAUCGUGCUGAACGUCAUCACCGAGUUUACGUCCGAGUUCCGCACCGUCAUCGACGGAAACACGAACGAUCUGUCGCUGAACGAGCUCAGUGGAGGAGCGCGUAUCAGCUUCGUGUUCCAUGAACUGUUCAAUAACGGUAUCAAGACCAUUGAUCCGUUCGACCAGGUGAAGGACGGCGACAUUCGGACGAUAUUGUACAACUCUUCGGGUUCGACGCCGGCCGUGUUUGUUGGGACUACUGCGUUUGAGGUCAUCGUGAAGCAGCAGAUCAAGCGCCUCGAAGAACCAUCCCUCAAGUGUUGUCAGCUGGUUUACGACGAGCUUAUUCGCAUCUUAGGCCAGCUUCUUGCCAAAGUCCAAGCGUUCAGACGGUAUCCCGCGCUGCGCGAAAGGUUCAAUAGCGUUGUGGUCAACUUCUUCAAGACAUCUAUGACGCCCACGACCAAGCUUGUCGCCGACAUGGUUGCGAUGCAGGCAUGCUACGUCAACACGACUCACCCUGACUUCCUCAACGGCCACAAGGCGAUGGCGAUCGUCACCGACCGCCUGAACGCGAGCAAGCCGCCGCCACCAAGCGCGGACCCGAAAUCGGGCAAGCUGGCGCCCGGGCAGAUCAAUAACAACAAGGAUCUGGAGGUCGACAUCAAGAAGGAGGAGCCGAGCUUCUUCGGGAGCUUCUUCAGCGCGGCGAAGGGAGCGCAGAAAAAGAAGGGUCCACAGCCGAUGGAGUCGUCACGCCCCGGCACUCCCACUACUCCUACGAGAAUGGAGGCGCCCCCAUCCGUCAUCCGUCCCCAGGCCGCUCUCAAUGAACGUGAAACAAUAGAGACGGAGGUCAUCAAACUGCUCAUCCACUCAUACUUUAAUAUCGUCAAGCGCGAGAUGAUUGAUAUGAUCCCAAAGGCCAUUACGCUGACGCUCGUGAACCAUUCUAAAGAGAAUUUGCAGCGCGAGCUGCUCCAAGAGCUCUAUAAGCCUGAGGUCCUUGACGACCUGUUGAAAGAGAGCGAGUUUGUUGUGAACAGGCGGAAGGAAUUGGUGGCCACCGUCCAGGCAUUGAACAAGGCCGAGGAGAUCGUCUCAGGAGUCUGAUAUAUGUCUUGUCAGAAUAAGCUGGGAGUCUCUUCCUUGAGUUUGGCGACUUCUUCUUUUGUGCUUUCUACUUCCUGGAGUUGUGACAGUUCUUUUCCCUGCGUGUAUGUUCUCCUGUUCGAUAUUACUCUAUAUAAUACCCGAGCUACGUUCUUCUCUGC